AUGUCUAUAUCAGAAAGAAGAGCUUCUUAUCCAAUACAAGAACGAAUAAAAAUUUAUAGCCCUGAUAGCAUGGCCAAGAAACUGCAUGAACUAGAAAAGCAACCGAAUAAGCUUGUCUUGCAUGGCGUCAAUAUUUUAAAUAAAGUGAGCGUCGAUAGUGAUACGGCCAUGAGUAGAAUCAGACAACGAAGAGAGACACAUAAUCGAGUAGAACGAAGAAGAAGAGAUAAUUUGAAUACAUUAGUGAAUGAACUGUCAACGUUAGUGCCACGUUCAGCAGAGAACGGAGGUCCAAAAUGUCAUCGAGCCAAAGUGCUGCGAUAUGCGAUUGACUAUAUUCGCGCAAUGCAAGAAGAAAAUAAUCAGCUUCGACAGCAACUGGGUCAAUCCGCUUCACCACCCAAUUCACCACCUAAUUCGCCACCACAACAAGAUAUCAAAAUAUCUUUCUGUCCAUAG